AUAGUACCCCUUAGUGACGCAGAGGACACAGAUGCUCGACUACUUUUUCGCUAUUAAAAAACGAGGAACGUAAUUGAACGCGCAGUUAGAGGUAUUUGUCUGUUUAGACAUUGCAUUUCACAUCUGUUCCAGUUUUUGAUCAGUUGUGUAGGCCUCUGUAUGUCGACAUUUAUGUAGUGUCGCUGCUAAAAGAUGCCGCAGCCGAAAUCCCGUAAAAUUGCCGUCCUGGGAUACAGAUCCGUGGGUAAAUCCUCUUUGACAAUACAGUUUGUGGAAGGCCAGUUUGUCGACUCCUAUGACCCAACCAUUGAAAACACGUUUACAAAGAUGAUCACAGUGAAUGGUGUGGAGUAUCACCUGCAGUUGGUAGACACAGCUGGACAGGAUGAAUACUCAAUCUUCCCACAGACCUACUCUAUAGACAUCAAUGGCUACAUUUUGGUGUAUUCUGUCACAUCAAAUAAAAGUUUUGAAGUAAUAAAAGUUAUCCACGAGAAACUAUUGGAUAUGGUGGGUAAAGUUCAAGUACCCAUCAUGUUAGUUGGAAACAAGAAAGAUCUACACAUGGAACGUGUAAUCAGUUGUGAAGAAGGCAAAACGCUGGCCGACUCGUGGAAUGCCGCUUUCAUGGAGUCCUCAGCUAAGGAGAACCAGACUGCUGUUGAGGUGUUCAAGAGGAUCAUCCUGGAGGCAGAGAAGAUCGACGGGGGAGCCCCACAGGGCAGGACGUCCUGUUCUCUGAUGUAGCCACACCACACCUGUGACCUCCCCCCCCCCUCCCCGGUCCCCAACCACAGCACUGGACACUGGGAAAUGAAACCUCUCUACUUGAAGUGGCUAACUGCCUGUUCUACUCCCUGCCUCAUAUUAUUUUCUUUUAAAAAAUUAAUAAAUAUGUCUUAGUGGGUUUUUUUUUUUUUUCCUGGAAGGACAGAGGAGGAGUUUGAUAUCAACAGCAUCCAUCCAACUAAUCCAUCCAACCCCUCCCAUGUACGCAUAUACCGAACUUGGUGAAAUCAAGCCUUACUUCUCAUUUAUAGCCUGGAACUUUUUUUCUACCCCUCCCUUCCUCUUGAAAAGUUUGUAUAUCGUAUUUCUUAAAAUUAUUAUGGCCAGAAAAGAUGGCAAGCAUUCAUUCACUAGUGCAGUGAAUGUUAAUAACAUUGUUUUUGAUUGUAAUCAUUAAAUAAGAUUAUUGUUUCACAACA